AUGCCUGUCACCGAAAGUGGUGCACCUGAAGGAAGUGGGCCCGAAGGAACCAACCGUGUUGAAUAUUUUCACAAUAUACACCGCGAGCACUAUUGGCUUCUGGUGAAGCUUCAAGGCUCCUCAACUGAUGACAUGCAGGUCUUCGUCGUCCGCUUGGCAGAUGGUCGGCUCCUCGUCAACCUGGAAGACAAAUUUGACUACACAAUGACCGGCUCCGAGGAAGAUAAGAAGAAGUGGAGCGAGCGGCACUGCGCCGGCCGCAACUUUGAGAAGUACACGUCGAUAGAAUGGCAUGCCGGAAGAAAAGCGCAACCUUCGAAAGCAAGCGCAAAGUGCGAAACUUCGGAGCAAAAGCCAAUCCGCUACGGGGCGACGGGGGCGCAGCUUUGCGUGGGAUGUCACGAUGGGAAAGGCAUCCUGAACGAGGUCAAGCUCAUUGACCCAAUGGAGAUGAUCCCGCGAGAGGUCGAGGCGUUACUGAUAUAUGCG